GUUCGAGUCAAGACGGCCCUAGCGACCGCCUGCCCCAAUGACCGUCCAUUUCUCCUUGUGCGCGAGCUCAGCACUCGUACAGCGAGAACUAUUUGCCAUAAGUCAUUCGGAUUCUUCGGUAGGUAAAGCCUCGCAAGUAAAAAAUUAACAUUGCGUCAGGGCCGUCAGUGGGCGGAGCAAUUUGUCAUCCCUGCAGAUGAACUGGAACUUUUCGUUCAGCCACCUUGGAAAGCAUCGUUUUCAAGGCUGCAAUUAUGUGCGAGACUAUAUUAUGGACUGAAGUACCUCUUUAGUCAUGGGAUCGUAUUGUAUUUCGCGGUGGAUGCCAUCACAGAGUUCGCAAGCAAGAAGUGAAUCCGGAAAAUGCCUUUACCAGAAGAUCCCUUAAACGGCAUUCUCGAGCUCAUUCUGGAGCAAUGGCGCACACAAAUCGCUCGUCUCCAUGCCCUCGAGGGGAAACUAAGUACAUACGCUCGCGAGCUGGAAGGCUUGAUCAAAAAGCUCAUCGACGAAGGCACAGAUCAAACGCUGCAGCUGCGAGACGAUAUCGAAAAGGCAAGCCACAACCUGAGGACGAUCGCAGGCGCGCAGCGCGAAGUUGCCGAACGCUUCAUCAUGCCUGAUUCGCUGCUGAAAACGAUCGACUUCUUCUAUCCGCAGCUUGGCAUACCGGAGAUGAAGCAAAGGAUACGAGAGAGGCUUAAGAACGACCGGGACGAGGCGGAAGCGCUGCGGAGCUUCGUCAAGCGCGAAGCGGAGGACGCGGCCGAAAGCGGGGGCGAGGACGAAGGAGACGAAGACGAAGGUCAAGAAGAAGCCGAAGCCAGCAAAGGUGUCAAGUUGCGUGCGGCUCCGGGGAGGAGCAAGAAGCGGCGAGGAGCGGGGAACGACGAAGGGUAGGCUCUACGGUUGCGUGCUGAUGUGCGUCGCCUGUAUACUGAACUUGCUUUGGGAGCCGUAGGUUGAAAACGUCGAGAACGAUGCGUCCGGGAGAAGGAUAAAACGCGAGUAAAAGAACUGCCACGCCUUUGCUGGGCUAGAUGUUAUCAUACAGUUGCUUCAUCCCAACUCACUUUGGCCGUUGCCACCACCGUUCCGUAGCAGCAUAUCCUGCACGAUUCAAGUCAUAGCCUCAUCUUCAGCAAGCACGGGCGACUACAGACGGCUGCGUUUGAAGGGCACCUGCCGAGACAAGGAUUUGCAGAUCUGUCGAAACUCGACAUAUUGAAAUCGAUUGUCAGUGGAAGGAUAAAGCUGAAGAAGCGAAAGUGACAAGGAGGAAAGGGAGGGGGGACUUGGCGAGGGCCGCAUAUCUAUACCCAAUCUAUGUCGUGGUACAUAAAGACAAUCGAGUAUCAUUUCCACUUCCC